AUGAAGACCGUUCUCGUUCUUGCUACCGUUGUGGCGAUGCUUCAUGCAAAGUCGUACAAAAUGGAAACUCGCUCAUCUGGAUCGCUCAUAGCUCGUCUCAUCAAGGAUAAUCUUUAUCACAAAUACUUGGAAAAUCACCGUUUUCACCGCACACAAGUGCACAAGAAGGGAUCACAGCCGAUCAUGGACCACCAUGAUUACUUCUACCUUGCAAACAUCACUUUCGGAACACCCGGCCAAACCGUGUCUCUGAUGAUGGAUACUAGUUCAUCGAACCUCUGGGUUAUCGACGCUGCCUGCAAUACUGAUGCAUGUAAUGGCCGUUUCAACGUUCCCUACACCAGACACAAAUUUGACUCUACAAAAUCUUCAACGUUCUCGACAACAAACAAUACGAUUUUCCUCCAACAGCAGUACGGAUCGUGUACUGGAAUUCUCGUAAACGACACUGUUUCUUUUGCCGAUCUAACAAUCGAUCAACAGGAGUUUGCCGACAUCGCGGACAUGGAUGGAUAUCUUCCCAGUCGCCCAUUUGACGGCGUCUUCGGGCUCGGCUGGCCGGCGGUCGCUUCAGGAGAGGUCAGCCCACCAAUGCAAAACAUUCUUCCUAACCUUGACGCUCCACUUUUCACUAUUUGGAUGGAUAGAAAGGCUGCUUUGAAUGCCACCGAAAGCCCUGGCCUAAUCACUUACGGAGCCAUCGACACAACCAACUGCCAGUCGGACCUCAAUUACGUUCCACUGUCUUCGGAAGUCUAUUGGCAGUUCAAUAUUGAAGGUUUUUCCGUAGGAAGCUUUUCAGAAAGCGGACACGGAGUGGUCAGCGCCGAUACUAGUAUGUCAUUGAUCGGAGCCCCAGGUUAUAUUGUCGAUGCAGUAGUCAGCCAGACUGGCGCACAAUUCGACAUCAUGUACGGGUUCUACAAAGUUGAUUGCUCAACAAUGAAAACACAACCUGACUUGGUGUUCUCCAUCAACGGUUUCAAAUACAACAUACCACCAGAAGAGUAUUUGUUCGACUACGGUAUCGAAGAAGGAAAAGUACGCGCAUUGGCUCUAGCACAGAAAUUUUUGUAUUAA